CUGCCUCCGGUCUCGGCCGGGAGGCAGGUCAGCCGUGACGCUUCUCCUCCUUAUCGCCUUGAGGAAGUCGCCGGGUCCUACCGUUUGCAGCCGUGCAGUGUGUUCUUGUAGGACAGACGAGAGCAAUGGCAGGGGCUCUCCCCUGGGCAUUAGGCAGGAGCCUUUGGGGCUGGGUGCCCUUAGCCUGCAGGAGCUUUUCUCUGGGCGUUCCAGGAUUGUCCCGUGUAAGACUCACCCUCCCACCCCCUAAAGUUGUCGAUCGUUGGAAUGAGAGGAGGGCCUUGUUCGGGGUGUAUGAUAACAUUGGGAUCCUGGGUGACUUUGAGAAACACCCCAAAGAACUGAUGAAGGGCCCCAAAUGGCUUCGAGGUUGGAAGGGGAAUGAAUUACAGCGUUGUAUCAGAAAGAGGAAAAUGGUUGGGAAUCGAAUGUUCCUUGAUGAGCUGCACAAGCUUAACAAACGCAUUCGUUAUCUUUACAAACAUUUUAAUCGGCACGGAAAAUACCGGUAGAAGAGAAAAUGGAACUGUGGAAGUGGUACAUGCUGUCAUCUUGAAUAAGGCAAUAGUACAUUUCCUUAUGAAGAAAGAAAGUUGUGUGUUUUCUGCAAUAAAAGGGGUUUUGUUUGGAAUCUUAUAUCCACA